AUGGUCCAGCGCCUUUCUGAUUCCUCUCACUGCCUCCCCGUUCAUCAGCAUAUCAGUCUUCUUUAUAGCCAGGCGUACGAUGUAUUGGCAGCAGUUUUUUCUGAAAGCGACGAAUUCGUUAAACGUAUGGCUAUAAGACUGUCGAGAAAUUAUGUUACAUCGUUGCUUAAACUUGCGAAAAAAUCCAGGCUUCGUAUCUCGCCUACGAUUAAAAAAUCAAUAUGUCCGCGAUGCAAUUUGGUCCUCAUCGGUGGUAAUACUUGUAGUAUGGUUAUUCGAAAGAGACUUAUUAUUAAAUCAUGUCAUCAUUGCUUCUUCAAAACUGUACUUCGACUCGGUGUUGAUAUUUUUGUCCCUCGCCGUCUGGACGCAUAUUCAGAGGUGAAAUGA